AUGUCGGAACCUUCAAAGGAGAUAUUAUCAAAUAGCGCAGCCCUGCAUGCGUUAAAGCGCCCACAAUUGAAUAGACUGUGUAAAAGAUUUGGUCUCACCGCUAAAGGAAAGAAUACAGAGCUUAUUGGUAGAUUAGAAAACUUGGCCGGGAAUAUCAGUAGACAGGAACUCGAUGACUUUGCAGGUGCGCCUGAGGAGUCACCAACGAAGAAAGGUAGAAUGACAGACAAUUGGGAAAUGGUUGACGAUGUUAGCCAUUCUGAGAAUGUCGACUUUGGACCAGCUUCACCGCGUAAACAAGCAGGAGAACACGGAUCACAGCCUACACACUCAAAAUCAAGCUCAACUUUGAGGUCCUUGGCUUCAACUAUUAAGAACAAGUGGAGGGAUAUUAGCCCUUCGAAGCAAUCCACCGUCAGUCCAUCCAAGUUUCAGGAUGUUUGCGUUCCAAUGGAUCAAGAUAGCAGCAGCGAGGAUGAGGAUGAGCAGGAAGAAGAGAAUUGGAAUGUCAUUCCUGGAGAAUGUCAACCAACUCGUUUAUCAACAGCUGCAUCGAUACAUGAUGACACAAUUAUUGACGAUACCGUUAAACUAGUCAACAAUGACAAUAGACCGCCAUCGCCAUCACCUUCGUUCGUAAACAGACCAAGUCUGCCUGGAAACAACAAGAGCGAUGUCUCAAGUAGAAGCGCAUCACCUAAGGUGUACCCACCACUACCACAAUUCGUGUUUGGGCAGCAAUCAGGUGUUUCAAAUGCAGGUUUCACGUCGAUUAUGGAUGAACUGAACAGACGUCUGCCAACUGCCGAAGUCAAGCCUGAAGUUGAAGCGCAAGCAGAGACGAGUAGAUCACCAAAGAGUGCAGCGCAAUUAGGGUUGAAGAGUGCCACGAAUCUCAAGAUAAAGAGGAAAUUCGAUGAUGCACAUGAGAAUGAGUUUAAGAAGAUGGGCAGUAUAGCCGAUCACUAUGCAGCCAGACCCAAGGUUUCGCCCAAGAAGCCAGGUCAGCCGAGGGCACAGACUGAGGGCAAGACAAGUCCAUCGAAGGCUGCACAAUAUAGACAAACGACACAACCUACUCAACCCACCUCAUCUGCUCAAGACGAGGGUGUUCUGCAGAAAGAAGCCAAAGCUAGACCAUCUGUAACAGAACCAAGCCAACCUAACAAGAGGAUCAAAGUGGCUGCACCUACAAAUGAGGAGAAGGAGCGUAGAGAUGAUGUCAAGCGUAGAUUAGAGGUGUCGAGACAGAAGAGACGGUCAAGUAUGGCAGCUAAUGCUAGAGGAAGACCAUCUGCUAGGAUGAGCGGAGGCGGGAAACCACCAACUAGAGUCGCAACUGCUAGCAAGGCUGCUGGGAUGAUCAAAAGUGUAGGCAAGAAGAUAUUCGGUGGAAGUGGUAGCAGUACAACUAAUGCAAAGGCAUCGAGUAGCUCUGGAGGUGGCGAAGAAGGUACAGGGAAGACGAGAAUGGUGAAGAAACUUAAGAAGGUGGAGCAAGCACCGCCAACCCCAAGAACAUCAGCAGCGACAAAGCCAACGCCAUUUUCGUUUGCGGGUGCUAGAGGUAAAGGUGAUAGGAAUGAUGGGAGUAAAAGCAGUAGAAACACUGUAAACAAUUCAAACAAUGCAAACACAGCAAAUACUACAAGUCCAUCAAACCCUAAAAACUCAACAAACCCGCCAAAUCAAGCAGCAGAGGCACAGCAGAGGGCUGCAGAGAGGGUGAAGAUGGCAAAGCUGAAGGACAGCAACAAGGGAGGAAAAGGAACGCCAACAAAGAGAGGAGUUAGGGGUAGUAAUGCGAAUAAGAGACCUUCGCAGGCAGAGCAAGUUUCCAAGGCUAGGAUGUCUCAUUCACCGCAAGUGAUGACUCGCCUCUACGCCCGUGGUCGUGUACUCUCGCACCAAAGAGGAAAGCGUACGUCACGCCCAAAGACCUCUAUCAUCCAAGUUGAGGGUGCAACCAAGACUGAAGAUGCUAAAUUCUACCUUGGUAAGAGAAUCGCAUACGUUUACAAGGGUAAGAAGGCAGUUAAUGGAACCAAGGUCCGCGUCAUUUGGGGUCGCUGCACUCGUACCCACGGUAACUCUGGCGUCGUUCGUGCAAAAUUCUCCUCGAACCUUCCACCAGUUACAUUUGGUGCAACCUGUCGUAUUAUGCUUUACCCAUCAAGCAUUUAA